AAAUGCUACAGUCAUCAGCCUAAUAUGGUGGUCAAGACAUUUUUGCGACUUGAACGUGAUUUUGAUAAGCAUGUAAAAUAUUGUCAAAACGAGCCUCUGGCCCAAGAGUUUCUCUCGACGAAUGUAGAAUGCCAGAAUUACUUUCAGGAACUGUCAUCAAAACUUGGGGACGAUAAGUUGCUAUCUGAGCACCUAAAGCUACCACUUCAGAGAAUAAACGACUAUAAACUUCUAUUUAAGGAUCUAAUUAAAUUAUCGCAAUGCUUGAAAGAAAAUGUUAGGGACUUGGAGAGAGCGUUAGAGCUUAUGCUAAGCGUGCCUAGUAGAGCAUAUGAUAAUAGAUUUAUUUCAAAUAUUGAGGGAUAUCGAGGUAACAUUUAUAAGUUGGGCAGGUUAUUGCUCCACGAGUGGUGCACAUUUACAGAUAAGGAAGGCAAGACACAUGAUCGAUAUUGCUUUUUAUUUAAAUCAAGACUGUUGAUAACGAAAGUUCGAAAAAUAUCUGACAAGAAAUCCGUAUUCAUUUUGCAAAAUAUUAUUAAGCUCCCGCUUUGUGACAUUGAGGAUAGAGCAGCUGACAAACAAAUCUAUCUCUCGUCAAAAACACCAGCAGAUGAAAGUUCCAAUUUGCCUAUUAUAAUUAAACCUCACAAUGAGGAAAGUCAUUUGAUUUGGUAUAACGAAAUUUGCUCAUAUAUUAAUCACGAAGUGGCACUGCAAGAGCACAAUGCAGAUGAUCUUAAAGUAGAUUCAACGAAUAUAAAUACUGAAUGUGAAUUGAUCCUUCGUCUUCCGCAAAAGAUUGAAGCUCACGAUCCAAACGUAGGUACGCGUCCUUCUGACGUUGCUGAAAACUACUUUUUAAGCAAGGAAACGAAAGAAAGACUUCAAUUUGAACAGCAAGAAUUGCUUAAAUUUGAAAAAGAAUCCAUCGAAUUAUUUAAACUCCAACAGAAUCAACAGAACAUUAAUCAAUCAAAGGUUCCAGUAACUACUGUACCUGAAAAUCCUACUCCCAUUAAGAUUGAUCAUAAGUUGGAAAUCGAAAGUAGCUCUCAAGUUAAAAAAGAGAUUGCUAGAGAAAAGAAAAUAGAUGUUGUGGAGGUCGAGCCAUCAAUAGUGCUUCUUGAAUCCUCAAAACAAUCUUACAGUGUAGACAUAGCAACAACGAAAGAAUGUAAAACCGAAGAAUCAAUUGAAACCAAAGAAUCAAUUGAAACCAAAGAAUAUAGUAUCAGACAAACUGAAGAGCUGAAGAGUAUUACAACAGAGGAAUCUCAGACUCAGAAUAUCGACAAACUCGUUCACACAGAGAAUAUAACUGAGGAAACCAGCAGGUCCAGGGAUUAUGAUCGGGGAACCUCCUAUGACAGCACUGUAGAGAAGCAACAGUAUGGCAUAAGUUCGAGACGCGAGAGAAGUACUUUGGAUCGAAUCGAAGCACAUUCGUCUCAUCUUUUGUCCAGCAGCCGCAACGAAAGUCGAGCCGAGAGUCGUGCCGAAAGCCGAGCCGAGAGCCGAGCCUCUUUUUCGCGUGCCGAAUCGCGUACUGGAAAACGUGGAACAUCUUAUUUGGCGAAUGACGCUCCGCCCCGCUCCAUUGAUAAGCCAUUGGUCGUGAAAAUGCUGAAAAGCGUGCAUGUGGAAAGCGGCGAGACUGCGCAUUUCGAAAUUCAGUUCAAGGAGCAGCCAGGAUUAGUUACUUGGUUGAAGGAUAACAAGCCCUUGGACGAUCGUCUAGCGGAUCGCAUUGUACAAACUAGUGCUCCGAUGAAUUCUUAUCGCUUGGAUAUCAAGAAUUGCAGAGAGAGUGACGCUGGAACAUACACUGUUCGUGCCCAGACGGCAUCUGAAACAACGACUGUUACUGCACAGCUUGCAGUUGGCCAGGCAUCUGGCCUUGACGAGACUAAAACUAAUGUUCCGCCAGCAUUUCUUGUAAGCUUAAAGGAUGCGGAAAUGAUUGAAAAUACUCUGUUUCGCUUCAUGAUUAAAAUCUUGGGCGAUCCUAAGCCCAGAGUCAAAUUCUACAAAGAUGAGGUGGAAAUUCUGGAAAUCAAUGAUCGAAUUCAAAUUAUAAGGGACAAGGAUUAUUUAGGAUUCUAUGAGCUAGUCAUUGAAGACGUUCAAAAGGAAGAUGCCGGAAUCUAUUCCUGCAAGGCAGUUAAUAAACAUGGAGAAGCUGCCUGUGAGGCAACAGCCACAACUAUUGAUUUUAGAAACCCGUUCGGGGCUCUGAGCGGUCAAAUCUUGCCAGCCGGCGAGAAGGCAAUAUUCUCAUGGAAACGAAAUGGCGAAGAUUUCGAUCCAGAAGAACGUUUCAAAGUGCUUUUUGGUGAUGACGAGGAUUCACUGGCUCUGGUGUUCCAGCAUGUUAAGCCCGAAGAUGCGGGAAUUUAUACGUGUGUGGCCCAGACUACAACGGGAAAUAUAUCCUGCAGUGCCGAGCUCUCUGUUCAGGGUGCGAUUCAAACCCUUAACCGGGAGCCUGAGAAACCCACUCUGGUGAUCGAGCAUCGCGAGGCAAACACAAGUAUCGGUGGGUCAGCGAUACUCGAACUUCAAUGCAAGGGUUUCCCUAAGCCGGCCGUGCUGUGGAAGCAUGAAGGUGAAGUUAUUGAGGUGGACGAUAGACACAAGUUUAUGUAUGAAGACGAGGAAAGCAUGUCUCUGAUUAUAAAGAAUAUAAAUACUGAAGACGCUGGAGUAUACACUAUUGAAGCUGUAAACGAGCUUGGUCAGGAUGAGAGCUCCAUUAGCUUGGUUGUUCAAGCUCCUCCAAAAAUUAAGAAGGUAACAGACAUAACAUGCUCGGCAGGGGAGACAGUCAAAAUGGAGGUUGAAAUUGAAGGAUUCCCUCAGCCAGAAAUUAGUGUGACCAACAACGGAAAAGAUGUUUCUAGCGAAAAAAAUGUGAAAAUUACGUCAAGUACAAUCGGCAAAAGUUCAGAGAAAGUGGUUAUUGAGAUUUCAGAUAUAAAACUGGCACAAUCUGGUAAUUAUUCUAUCAAAGCCACGAAUACGAUUAGUCAAACUGCCGAGUACUGGAAUUGCACUGUAAAAUCGAAGCCAAUUAUUGUGAAGCAUUUUGAAAGUGAAUACAUUCAUGGCGAAAAGGAGAACGUACACAUGUCCGUUCGCGUCGAUGCAUUCCCUGAGGCAAAACUAACCUGGUAUCAUGAUAGCAAUGAAAUUAAGUUGACCGACAAGAAAUAUAAGAUCGAUUGUGAUGGUAAUACGUAUACCUUGAAGAUUACUGGCGCCACUCGCGUUGAUUCCGGCGAAUACUCCGUCAAGGCGGUCAACGAGCACGGAUCGGCGACUAGCAGUACUCAACUAUUGAUGAAGUGUACUCCUGAAUUUACACGGAAAUUGCAAAACAUUACCGUUAAGGAGGGCGACACUAAUGUCGAGCUCCUUGUGGGCAUCGAUGCCUAUCCUCAGCCACAUAUCAAGUGGUUCAUUGACGGCAUUGAAAUCUGCGAGAAGCGAAACGAUUUCCGGCAAGUUCAGGAUGGAAAUAACUUUAAGUUGAUCCUGACCGAAGUUGCAACCAACAUGCAGGGAAAUUACUGCUGCAAAAUCAUGAACGAUUACGGAAAACUGGAAGACAACUGUACGGUGACUGUUAACUGCAAACCGAAAAUAAGAAGAGCACUAAAAGACGUUGAGGUCCAAGAAGGUAGUUCCUUAACUUUGGAAGUGGAAGUUUACAGUAACCCCGAUGCCACCGUUAAAUGGUUUAAAAAUGGACAUGAAAUUCAUGAAGAUGCACGUAUCAAAAUCAAAAGAGAUUCGCAACGUAUUGAAAAUUAUUAUCUUACUUUGAAUUUGGCUAAAAGUGAAGAUGCCGGCACUUAUGAGGUUAAGGCAGCCAAUUUCAUAGGAGAGACAACGUCAAGUUGCAAAGUUCUGGUUCUGACCCAAGACAAUAUUUCCGUUGGAGAAUCCGUGACAAAAACAUUGCUCGCUACAACAGAACAACCUGAAGAAGGGGCGAUUCCCGAAAUUGUUCACUGUGAUGUUUUCCAAAUCAACAGUUUCGAGAGUCUACCUCUUAAAUAUGAAGUCAUUGCGACGGGUAUACCAAAGCCAGAGGCUUUAUGGUAUCAAGAUGGGAAACCUAUAAAAUCGAACGAUCAUUUUGAUCUUUCCGUCGACGGGGAUCACUACAAACUGGAGGUGAAGUCAUUGGAACUUAAAGAUGCAGGCGAAUACAAGGUUGUAAUGAAGAACAAGGUUGGCGAAAAGACUCAUCAGGGCGUCCUAUCGUUGUCAAAUGAAGGAGAGUAUCGUAAGCCGUUGCUAAUUUCAAAGAGCGGUUUACGUGAUCUUAAAUUAAAGAAGGGUGAUACCAUUGAUGAAACUGUUAUAUUUACGGCUGAUCCCAAGCCAGAAAUCCUUUGGUUUAAGGAUGGUAAACCACUUCAAGGAACCGAAGCGCUUAUCUUAAAAACUGAGGUUAAAGAUUUAGAGCAUGGAUUGAAGCAGUAUACAUGCAAUCUGAAUAUUGCUAAAGCCGACAUUAAGGAUUCAGGCCGUUAUGAGCUGAAGGUUAAGAACAAGCAUGGCGAAUUCACAACAAAUGGAGCAAUUGACGUUCUGGCCAAACCAGAAAUAUCCGGUUUGGUGGAUCACAAGUGCAUGCCCGGAGAUACUGUCUGUUUCGAGGCCUUGGUACUUGCCAAUCCGAAGCCAAAGGUGUCGUGGACCCGCGGAAAUGAAAACCUUUGCAAUAAUGAGAACUGUGAGGUUAUCGCAGAUGUGGAUGGGGAUAAAUAUAGAAUUGUAUUCCAAUCUGUGGCACCAUCAGAAGAUGGAAAAUACACAAUUACGGCUGUGAACUCUGAAGGAAGAUCCGAUAGCCAAUUUAGCUUGAACGUUCUGGUUGAGAAGCCGACCUUCAUAGUUCCACCCGAGAACCAAGUGAUUCAUGACUUCAAGCCCGUCUCGACGAAGGUCAAAGUACAUGGCGUGCCGACACCAUCUGUUGAAUGGCUUAAGGGCGACAAACCCAUUGAUCUGAAGGCCAUUAAUAGUUUAACCCAGCAAAGGGCUUACAGUACAGCAACAACCGAAGCAUCAACGGAUCAGGUGGAAAGUGUCUUUGAAAUCGCACAUUUCAAUGCAAGCGACGUUGGCACUUACACUUGUGUGGCUAAGAACGAAGUUGGCGAAACAAAGGCACCAUUUCAAUUGGCUAUGCAAUCGCUUGCUCCAAGCUUUGUCAAGAAACUCAACAAUGCUCUUGACGUCGUCCAGGGUGAGCCUCUCAUCCUCGAAUGCGCCGUGGACGGAAGUCCUCUGCCGACCGUGCAAUGGUUCAAGGACAGUGAGGAGAUUAAACCCAGUCAAAGUGUAAAAUUAUCCACAUCACCUGAAGGCUUGGUUAAAUUGGAAAUCAACAAUUGUGAACCAAAUGACUCGGGAGCCUAUAAGUUAAUCAUUUCAAAUCCACACGGAGAAAAGGUAGCACUAUGUGCGGUUGCUGUGAAACCUAAUGAAAUGCAGCCCAAAUUCCUGAAACCUGUUGAAAGCCAAUCCGUCAUUGUGGGCGAACCCUUGAAAUUGACUGCUCAGGUCACUGGUUUUCCAGCUCCGGAAAUCAAGUGGUACAAGGACGGCGUGCUAUUGCGUCCUAGCUCAGCCAUUAAUUUCAUCAACAAUCCCAAUGGUCAAAUUGGCUUGAGCAUUGAUACUGUCGACGGUCAAGAUGCCGGUUUAUAUAAGUGUAAAAUUAUUAACAAGGAAGGCGAAGAAGAGGGCGCGGCAGAGGUGAAAGUUGUCGCCAGGGAAGCGAAGCCUUCCUUUAUUGCCGAGCUCCAGGAUGCUACCAGUGUUGAAGGCUUUCCUGUUAAGAUGGAUAUUAAGGUUGUUGGCUAUCCGAAGCCCAAACUUCAAUGGUUCCACAAUGGCCAUGAAAUCUCGCCCGAUAACAAACACUUUGCCGUUGUGGAGAAUCCUGAUAAUACAGUCAGUCUAGUUGUUGACAAGACAGCUCCAUCGGAUUCCGGAUUAUAUGAAGUAAUUGCUCAAAAUUCGGAGGGAUCGACAGCGUCGAAAGCCAAACUAUAUGUAGCUCCAAAGACGGAUGAAACAGCUACUGAAGAAUUACCACAGUUUGUGUCUGGACUGCGAGAUGUGAAUGCGGAUGAAGGCCAAGAGAUGGUACUAUCUGCUCCUUUCAUUGCCAAUCCAAUGCCAGAGAUAAUGUGGUCCAAGGAUGGAGUCCUAUUGGCCCCAAGUGAAAGACUAUUGAUGACUUGCGAUGGCAAACACGUGGGUCUAAGCAUCAAACCCGUGGAAGCUUCCGAUUCUGGCAACUAUUCCUGCCUGCUGGCCAAUCCCUUGGGAGAGGAUACAUCUUCUUGCAAUGCAAAUGUUAGGAAAGUGUAUAAGGCGCCGGUGUUCACACAAAAGAUAACCGAUCAACAGCAAAUUUUUGGAAACAAUGCCACUAUUCCGGUAACUGUUUCCGGCGUACCCUAUCCAGAACUCACGUGGUUCUUUGAAAAUAAACCCAUUAAUUUAUCGGACAAAUACUCGUUCAAAAAUGACGGAGAUCAUCAUAUGCUGAUCAUCAAUGAUUGUCAAAAAUCAGAUCAGGGUGAAUACAAAUGCAUUGCCUCCAAUAAGGAAGGCAAGGACAUUACCCAAGGUCGCCUUGAAUUGGUCAAUGAAAUUAAGAAGCACAUGCGUUCUGAAGCGCCAGUUUUUCUUAAGAAAAUCGGAGAUUGCGAUGUCUUUGAUGGGAUGACAGCCAAGUUUACCGCCUGUGCCACAGGAUAUCCAGAGCCAGACGUCGAGUGGUUUAAGAAUGAUCAGAAACUAUUCCCAUCCGAUAGAAUUACGCUUGACAAGGAACCAAAUGGUCUCCUUCGCUUGACAAUGAAAAAUGUCACGGAAGCUGAUGUCGGACGUUAUGCCUGCCGUAUUUACAAUCCUUACGGUGACGAUACUUGCACUGCUGAACUAUUUUACGAUGUGUUGGAUUCGCAUCAACGUCCCUUGGGCGAUCAGUACUCGGAUUUCAAGCAGUACAAAAAGUCCGGAGCUCCUCCCCCGUUGCCGGAUGGUCCAAUUAUUUCACGCAUGACAGACCGUCGCCUGCGCUUAUCCUGGAAGCCGUCCGUACCACUGUCACCUCGUUAUCCAGUGACUUAUCAGAUCGAAAUGAUGGAUUUACCCGAAGGAGACUGGCGUACUAUUAGAACUGGUGUUCGUAGUUGUGCGUGUGAUAUUAAGAACUUGGAUCCGCUUAGGGAUUAUAGGUUUAGAGUACGCGUUGAAAACAAGUUUGGCGUAAGCGAUCCCAGUCCUUACACUCAAACCUACAGGUCAAAACUUAUACCUGAGCCAGCGAAGACAUAUACGUAUUUGCCACCGGGCACCGACUUCAGACCAGAAACUUCACCCUAUUUCCCCAAGGACUUUGAUAUUGAACGGCCUCCACAUGACGGACUCGCUCAAUCUCCACAGUUUUUGCUGCGUGAAAAUGAUAUUUCUUAUGGUGUCAAGGGUCACAACACUGAGCUGAUGUGGUUCGUCUAUGGAUAUCCCAAGCCAAAGAUGACUUUCUACUUUAACGACAAGCAAAUUGAAUCUGGCGGUAGAUUUGAUCAAAGUUACACCCGUAAUGGCCAAGCGACACUCUUUAUCAACAGCAUGUUGGAUCGUGAUGUGGGAUGGUACGAGGCAGUGGCCACAAAUGAGCACGGCGAGGCCAGACAGCGAGUGCGACUUGAAAUUGCCGAGUAUCCACGGUUCCUCAAGAGGCCCGAUGAGACGUUCAUAAUGUCACGCAAGAAUGGACGCAUUGAAGCCAGGAUUAUUGGAAUCCCAUUGCCUGAAGUGCAUUGGUAUAAGGAUUGGAAACUUGUUGCCGACUCUUCUCGCAUUAAGAUCAACUCCUAUGAUCCAGACAUCUAUGUGCUCUCCAUACACGAUUCUAUAAUCAAGGAUGGAGGAUUAUACUCGGUCAGUGCAAGAAAUAUUGCUGGAUCGAUUAGCACAUCAGUGACCGUGCAUAUUGAGGAGAACGAAGAUCAAUAUAUCUAUAAGACAUACGGUAGACAUCCAUAUGUUCGAUCCAAGCAAUUGCGUUACGAAGACAAGUACGAUAUUGGCGAUGAACUCGGACGUGGAACUCAAGGAAUUACCUAUCAUGCUGUGGAACGUGCCACUGGCGAUAAUUAUGCAGCCAAGAUAAUGUAUGGAAAGCCAGAGCUGCGACCAUUUAUGUUGAACGAACUGGACAUUAUGAAUAUGUUCAAUCAUAAGAAUCUCAUACGUCCCUAUGAUGCCUAUGAGACUGAUCGACAGAUCACUCUCGUUAUGGAGCUAGCCGCUGGAGGGGAACUCAUCAAGGAUAACCUGCUACGUCGCGAUUAUUACACGGAGCGCGAUAUCGCCAAUUAUAUACGUCAAACUCUCUGGGGACUCGAGCAUAUGCAUGAACUGGGAGUCGGUCAUAUGGGUCUAACGAUCAAGGAUCUACUGAUUUCAGUUGUUGGCAGCGAUCACAUUAAAGUAUCUGACUUUGGUUUAUCUAGAAAGAUUAACAAACACAAUUUAUCCACCUUGGAUUAUGGAAUGCCAGAGUUUGUAUCCCCUGAAGUUGUCAAUAAGGAAGGAGUCAACUUCUCGCAUGACAUGUGGUCAGUUGGCUUGAUCACCUAUGUGCUGCUUGGCGGCAGAAAUCCUUUCCUUGGAGCUGAUGAUAGGGAAACUCUGACCAAGAUUCGCGAAGGUCGUUGGGAUUUCAAAGACACCAUAUGGACACAUAUAUCUGAAGAUGGACGUGAUUUUAUAAGCCGACUAUUGCUCUACAGUCCGGAGGAGCGUAUGGAUGUCAAAACAGCAUUGAAGCAUCCUUGGUUCUUUAUGCUUGAUCGCCAAGCGUCCGAUAAUGAUUAUCAAAUUGGUGUCGAUCGGUUGAAACACUAUUAUGAUCACUUUAGGGAUUGGUAUGCCAAUGCCGCCUGCAAGAACUACUUCCGAAGACGCCGUCUCAGUGGCUGCUUCCAGCAUCCAUCCAAAAUGGUUUACCCAAGUGGACAUGGUUACACGCCGGAGCGUACGCCCGAGCCUUUGGUGGAGCCCAGAAAGAGAGCUAAGCGUGAGGAAGUGGUUUCCAAAUUCUUGCAUCCUGAUUACGAGCUGGGUCUCAUACAGUCCGAAAGCCACUAUCAAUAUGGACCAGACACCUAUUUGCUGCAACUAAGAGAUGUCAGCUUUCCGGUGCGAUUGCGUGAAUAUAUGAAGGUUGCCCACAGGCGAUCACCAUCAUUUGCUCUGAACGAUUCUGUUGAUUGGUCGCUUCCAGUAAUUCGCGAACGUCGUCGUUUCACCGACAUCAUGGAUGAAGAAAUUGAUGAUGAGAGAACACGUAGCCGAAUUAGCAUGUACUCUGCAAACGAUUCGUACUCUAUUAGACGUCUACGCACGGAGCUCGGACCGCGUCUGGAUGAAUACACGGAAGCCGAUGCAAUGAUAGAAACUCAACGUGAAGGGUAUCCACCAUUCUUCCGGGAGAAGCCACAAACGAUCGCGAUUACAGAGAAUAAGCCAGCGCAUAUUCAUUGCUUUGCAGUUGGUGAUCCCAAGCCAUGUGUACAAUGGUUUAAGAAUGAUAUGGUGCUGUCGGAGAGUAAGCGAAUUAAGAUCACUUUCGAUGAAGAUGGACGAUCCAUAUUGCGAUUUGAGCCAGCAAUGCACUUUGACGUUGGCGUCUACAAGGCCGUGGCUAGAAAUAAGGUCGGUCAAACUAUGGCUAGAUGUCGUUUAGUCGUGGCAACACUGCCCGAUGCUCCAGAUUCUCCAGAAAUCUCAGCGACCAGUGCAACCGAAAUACUUCUCAGAUGGAAGCAACCACGCGAUGAUGGACACUCAGCAGUUUUGUGUUAUAGUCUGCAAUAUAAGUUGCAGAACUGUGAUGCCUGGACAACCGUCGCGGAUAAUAUCGAUCAUGAGUUUUAUCUUUUACAUGAGCUUGCACCCAAUACCAAAUAUCAAAUUCGCCUUGCAUCGAAGAACCGAAUUGGCUGGAGCGAAAUGGGAAUACCAGUGAAUGCAUCCACUUCUGGACCUGAAUCCCCCAAGGUGCAUAUCACAAAGGCCAUGAAACAUUUGCAGCAGCUGACGGAAAGAGGCCAGGAAGUGGUGCCUGAAGAGGAGCGUGUGCAUACGGACUAUCAUUGUGAAAGAGAGCCACCCACCUGGGUAACCGAUUCGUCUGUGAAUGACAAGUAUAGCUUUAUAUCUGAAAUUGCGCGCGGAGAAUUCAGCACGAUCGUCAAGGGAAUUCAAAAAUCAACGGACACUGUUGUGGUCGCCAAAAUCUUUGAGGUGACUGAUGACAAUGAAGAAUCUAUCGUUGCCGAGUUUGAUAAUUUCAAAACUCUGAGACAUGAACGUAUCCCAGCACUCUUUGGAGCUUACAAACCGAUGAACGUGCCAAUUGCAAUCUUUGUGAUGGAGAAACUGCAGGGUGCUGAUGUCCUUACAUACUUUAGCAGCCGUCAUGAGUACUCCGAGCAAAUGGUCGCAGGCGUGAUCAGUCAACUGUUGGACGCCUUGCAGUAUCUACACUGGCGUGGAUAUUGUCAUCUCAAUAUCCAGCCAGAUAAUGUGGUAAUGGCAUCAGUUCGAUCCAUUCAAGUCAAGCUUGUUGACUUUGGCUCCGCAAAAAAAGUAAAUAAACUGGGAGUCAAGGUUACACCGUGUGGUAUGUUGGACUUCCAGCCACCGGAAAUGCUAAACGAUGAGCCAAUUUUCCCACAAAGUGACAUCUGGUCGCUGGGCGUGCUUACUUACUUGCUUUUAUCUGGCUGCAGUCCAUUCCGCGGCAAUGACGAAUACGAAACCCAACAGAAUAUAUCCUUUGUCCGAUACCGUUUCGAAAAUCUAUUCAAGGAGGUUACUCCAGAAGCAACACGAUUCAUUAUGCAAUUAUUCAAACGUCAUCCAACGAAGAGACCAUACACAGAUGACUGCCUGGAGCACAGAUGGUUAAUGUCCUCCGAUUAUAUGGUUAGAAAGCGUGAACGCGCCAUUUUCCUGGGAUGUCGUCUAAAGAAUUUCUAUGAUGAAUAUCAUGAAUACAAAACUAAAGUCUCCACAUCAUCCAAGCCUAUGAUUUCAAUUGAGGGCGGACCCACUCCUUCUCAGCUACUUCGUUCAAAUAGCAUUCAAGAGGAGUUGCUUACAACGUUUUAGAUGAAUUUCGAUAAAAACAAAUGUUAAUAUGCCAUUUUUUCUGUAUUUUGGUUAAUCAAUUAGAAAAUCAAAUAAUAAAUGAGAUACCUUUUUAUUUUCAAGUGCUAUAAAAUUGGCUGUCAAAUGUAUCACUGAAAACUUAUGUUAAUACCAAAGGAAAAUCUCUCAAAAUAAAACUAAACACUGUCUUA